AUGUCUUUGAAAGGUGCAGGAGUUUAUCAUUGUAUUGAUCAUGGUCUUGAUACAACUUGUGCAUUAUAUUCUAGAUUCUGUCACACCUCUGAUCACGCUAGUAAUGAUGCAAUCUAUUCAAUUCACACCACCAGUUGUGGAUGUUGUGAUUGGGGUGAUACAGAAGCUUGUAAAAUUUAA